GGCGGUGCCUCCGGGACCGCUGGCGGCGGCCAACUGGGCGCCUACGCCUGGCGCCUGGUCGACGCAGAGGCCGAACCGCGCGCCCACAGCAUCGGGCACGAGGACGACGUCCCCGUCGUGCUGGGCGCCGGGCGGAGCUUCGUCGAGGGCGGCCCGGGCCGGCAGAGGCUGGCGAGCGACCCCGCAGAGGCGACCGGCUCCCGCAGCGAUGCGCGGCUUUGGCGGCUCUCGGCGCCCUGCCUCCGCGACGCGCUGGAGCCGGAGCCGCCCUUUGGCAGAGGCGUGGACGCGCUCCAGCAGGCCGACUCCCCGCCGAGGAAGGCUUUUGAGCAGGCGAAGCAGCGAAAGGAGGCCCGUGCUGGAGAAGCCGCGAGGGCGAUGAUAGGACCUGCUCGCCAACUCGCCCGAGCCCUCCAGCCGCAGGGAGUGCGACAGGCGGCAGACCGGCGGCGCCGGGCAGGACUGAGCAGCGCCUGAACCGGGCCGGCGAGUACAUGACGAGGGACCAGUUCCUCGGUAUGUACGGCGAUCUCGAGGAGAGUGGCACGCCGCCCGGUGGACCGCCUCCAGCCCCGCUGCGCCCGCCCGCCGCCGCCGCCCGAGGGCCUCGUCGGCCGCCUCGUCUGCUUCGUCGGCCUCGCCG